ACUGAGACACUCGAUUCGAAACCAUGUCCGAGGCAAAGACGAAGAAGCCGGCCGAGAAAAAGCCUGCCGAACAUCCACCUUAUAUAGAUAUGAUCAAAGCUGCGAUCUUAGCGUUGAAAGAACGAAACGGUUCAUCGCGCCAAGCCAUCGAGAAGUAUAUCAAGGCUAACUACAAGGUUGGUGAGAUCGGUCCACACCUGAAGAUGGCUUUGAAGAGGGGUGCUGCUAGUGGAAAGCUUCUUCACACUAAGGGAGUCGGUGCUUCUGGUUCUUUCAAGCUACCAAAGGAAGAGAAGAAGCCGAAGAAAAAGCCAGCUGCAAAGAAGAAGCCUGCUGCCAAACCAAAGAAGCCCGCCGCUAAGAAAGCAGCAAAGAAACCAGCGGCGAAGAAGGUUGCAAAGAAACCCGCGGCCAAAAAGGCAGCGGCGAAGAAACCUGCAGCUAAAAAGCCAGCAGCGAAGAAACCAACCGCUAAAAAACCAGCUGCUAAAAAGCCCGCAGCAAAGAAGCCUGCAGCAAAGAAGCCCGCAGCUAAAAAGCCCGCCAAAAAGGCAGUGAAAUCUCCAAAGAAGUCCGCCAAGAAGUAGAAACCGGAAGACAUUAACUCUUCACCAAAAACGGCUCUUUUAGGAGCCACCACAUUCGCAAAAAGUCCUAUCCAACUGAGAAACACAGUGUCACCUAUGCUCGUUUUCUUGCUCAAGCCUUUUAGUCGAAUGAUUUUCCGUUAAUAAACUACUCGUUCGGCCGAAUUAUUAUACUAUGUACCGGUAUCCGGUCAUUCCGCCCGAACUUCGAAGUCAUUGUGCCUGAUGUAUAUAUCGUCUUAUCUAUGAGUUGUGUAGAGUUCUUUAAAAUGGUAUCAUAAAAUAAAACUAGUGUUUUAUGA